AUGAGUGUGUCUGACGGUGUGAUAGGAGCGGCCAGCCUGGACAUAGAUCAACAACAGCAGCCGCAGGCCGUCUUCCUCCAGAUCUACCCACGUCUGUCCCAGGACAAAGCAGCAUGUUGUACUCUCCAGGUCAGCCCAGGGGCCACAGCGGCCAUGGUUAUCCAGAAAGCAGUGGCCACUCUGGGCCUGGACAUGACCAGUCCGUACGCCCUGCUGGAAGUCAGGCAGGCUGAAGGGGAGGAGAGGAGGCUAGGGGACACUGAGAUGCCUGUGGAGAGGGUGUUGCUUUGGCCCCCAGGGGCCAGAAAACGGCAUCCCCAGGAGAAGGGGUAUUACUUCAUCCUCCAAGCCCAGGGAGGUGCAGGGGCUCUGGGGUCAGAGACGGAUGGUGGUGGGGUACCUUCAUUAGAGGAAUAUGAUGACUUGUGCAGCCUCUCCACCCUGACCGAGGACACUAUCCUGGCCGCCUUGCGCCUGCGCUUCUACAAACACAACAUCUACACGUACGCCAGGGGCAUCCUGGUGGCAAUUAACCCAUUCAAGUUCCUGCCCAUCUACAACCCUAAGUAUGUCAUGAUGUACAACAACCAGCCACUUGGAAAAUUAAGCCCUCACAUCUUUGCAGUGGCGGACGUGGCAUACCACACCAUGCUGAAGCAGCAGGAGAACCAGUGUGUGGUGAUAUCAGGGGAGAGCGGAUCAGGGAAGACCCAGAGCACCAACUUCCUUAUUCACUGUCUGACGGCGUUGGGUCAGAAGGGCUACAGCAGCGGGGUGAAGAGAACCAUACUGGGAGCUGGGCCUGUGCUGGAGGCGUUUGGCAACGCGAAGACGGCACAGAACAACAACUCCAGCCGCUUUGGGAAGUUCAUCCGGGUCAACUAUCUAGAGAGUGGGGUGGUGAGAGGGGCGGUAGUUGAGAAGUACUUGCUGGAGAAGUGUCGACUGGUGUUCAGAGCUAAGAAUGAAAGGAACUACCAUGUGUUCUACUACCUGCUGGUGGGAGCAUCCACGGAGGAGCAGAGAGAGUUCAGUCUGCUGCAGCCUGAAGACUACACAUAUCUACAACAGGAGUACUGUCAUUUAGAAGACGCUGAGAAUCUCAGACAUGAGUUCGAGAGGCUUCAUCAGGCCAUGGAGAUGGUGGGAUUCCUGCCCUCCACUAAGAAACAGAUAUUUUCCAUGCUCUCUGCCAUCCUGUAUCUGGGCAACGUGACGUACACCCAAUCAGAAGACGGCCAGGGGCUGGAAGCGGGGCCAGCAGAUGUUCUCUCAACCCUGUCUGACCUGCUCAAGGUCAAACAGGAGUUGCUGGUGGAGGCUUUGACCAAGAGGAAACAAACAACAGCCAAUGACAAAUUAGUGUUACACUACACUCUCAAAGAAGCUGUGACAGCGCGAGACUCCAUGGCCAAGUCUCUGUACAGCGCUUUGUUUGACUGGAUUGUCCUGCACAUCAACCACGCUCUGCUCAACAGACGAGACAUGGAGGAGGCCGUCUCUUGUUUGUCCAUAGGUAUUCUGGAUAUAUUCGGUUUUGAGGAUUUCCAGACGAAUAGCUUUGAACAGUUCUGCAUCAACUACGCCAACGAGAAACUACAGUAUUACUUCAACCAGCACAUCUUCAAGCUGGAGCAGAAGGAGUACCAGGCUGAGGGGAUCAGCUGGAAUACCAUAGACUACACGGACAACCUGGGCUGUAUCCAUCUGAUCAGCCAGAAACCCACUGGGCUUUUCCACCUACUGGAUGAGGAGAGCAAUCUCCCUCAGGCCACGGAUGACACUCUGCUGAACAAGUUCAAGCAGCAGCAUCAAGACAACCCGUACUUUGUCCCCACCAUAGUGAUGUUACCAGCCUUCGUCAUCCAACACUUCGCUGGGAAGGUCAAAUACCAGAUCAAGGAUUUCCGGAAGAAGAACACGGAUCACAUGCGUCCGGACAUCGUGGCAUUGCUACGUAGCAGCGAGCGGGCAUUCAUGCGUCAGCUGAUUGGGUCAGACCCGGUGGCAGUGUUCCGAUGGGGCAUCCUCCGGGCCACCAUACGCAUCAUAGCGGCCUUCAACGAGGCCGGAAGCCGCCGGGCAGUCCCAGGUCUGGUGGAACGCACCUCCCGUCGGUCUAUAGGGGAACUGAAGAGGAGACCGAGCUCGGCUCUGCAGAGACUGUCCAGCUCCCAACUGGACUUCUCGUUCGAUCGGUCCGAUGACAAUCCUCUGGAGGUGAUCGAGGACAUCUUUGCCAACUACGAGAAAAAGAAGAAGAGCAAGGCCAGCAAGCACAAGCAGCUCAUUCCUACGAAUCUGAUGAACACUCGGUCCCUGAAGCACAUCGUCGGCCUGACGCUCCAUGACCGCGCCUCCCGCUCUCUGCUCCACCCACAUCAGAGGAAGAAAACACCCAGCAUCAGCGCUCAGUUCCAGGCGUCUCUCAAUAAGCUGCUGGAGACUGUGGGGAAAGCAGAGCCUUUCUUCAUCCGCUGUAUCCGUUCCAAUGCUGAGAAGAAGGAGAUGCUGUUUGACAAUGCUCUGGUGCAACAGCAGCUGAGGUGCACAGGCAUGUUGGAGACGGUACGCAUCCAGAAGUCUGGCUACAACGCCAAGUUUACCUUCGCGGAGUUCCUAGAGCAGUUCAAAGUGUUGCUGCCUAAAGAAGCCACCACAGCACCAGAGGACAUAGCUAACCUGCUGCAGAAGAUGGGCCUAGGACAGAGCACGUACCAGAUUGGGAAAACCAAGGUGUUCCUGAAGGAGAGGGAGAAGCAGCAUCUCCAGGACACCCUGAACAAGGAAGUGAUGCGUCACAUCAUCAUCCUGCAGCGCUGGUUCAGAGCCUGUCUCAGCAGGAGCCACUUCCUCUACAAGAAAGACGCCGCCAUCAGAAUACAGCGAUGUUGGCGUGCGUUCCGGGCGGACACCAGAUGCCGUGCGGCCACAGUGAUCCAGGCAGCGUGGCGAGGCUCUCGGAAGAGGACCGACUACCUGAGAAAGAGGAACAGCAUCAAGAAGAUGCAGACACUGCUCAGGAACAAACGAGGUCCAAACUGCUCAAUGGCUGAGGUAGAGAAGCCCACACCUCCCCAGCUACCUUCCAAGCCCCAGCCCCAGCAGAGAAGCCUGGAGAGGAAGGAGCUGAGGAGGCAGCACAGUUUGGAACCAAGCCCCAAUAGGAGCCUCCACCCAGGCCCAGAGGUUAACAGACAGCAGGCUACCCAGAGGAACACAGAAUCGAAGAAGAGAGAGGGUAGAGGCUUUCCACCUCUCAGCAGACCUCUCUCCCUUCCCCUAGACCUCAAGGCUGGCAGGGAUGGAGAGAGGGCGCUCACCAGCCUGUCCCCUUACACAGGCACCCUGGAGCGCUACUCCCACUUGGAGGAUAUCAAGGAGCAUGCAAAGAGGUGGAAGAGCAGGAGGGAGGGAAGACAUCCGGAGGACUCCAGCCCUGAGAUCCAGCGGCCCAGGGAUAAACGCAUGGCGGGGUUGCUGCUGAACCGAGGGAAGUCUAUCUCGCUGGACAACGUGUCCAAGCUAAGCUCCUCAGGGUCAGGCUCAGACAGCUCUUCCUCCAUUACUGAGGUACUACUACUCUACUAUUGUUUCUUCAUACACGUUAGAUAUGUACUACUGAGGUAUUCUUUUCUCGUAAUGGUCAGGGUGCGCUCCCGCAAGCGGCCCAAUCACAAGCGGAGGUUAGCCUACGCCCGCAGCGGGCUGAUGUUUAACCUUAAGGGGUCCCAGGAGAGCGAGUUUUGGAGCUUCCCCCUCCCCCCCAUGAGCCCCUCACCGGGGGUCAGUGGCAUGGGCCAGUCCAACCAAUCAGAGGUCAACAUCUGUCCACGCAAACCUGAGGUCCAGUUUCAGAAAUCUUCAGAUAUUACCACGGAUGUUGGAAGGUUCAGCCUCCCAGCCAGGAGUACCAAUGAGAGCCAGGAGUACCAAUCAAUCAUCAAAGACUACAGUCAAUCCCAACCGGCCACACUUGAGAGGCUUGGAUUUUUCAGUAAGAUUAGGAAGAAAUGGCCCAAUAGAGAGGCUCAGCCACCUGAGUACGGGAAGGGGACUAAUGCGAAUACACAAUCUGAAAAAGAAGCCAUCUCUCCAUACUCCUACCCCUUGUCGUGCGAGGGCAGCGGGCAGCCUCAUAACCCCACCAUCAGGAUCAGCCAAGCCUCGAGAGUUUCUGAGAAGUGGAAUGCUUCUCUGGAACGGGAGAUCACCAACACCAACGAGCUCAGAAACCUGGACGAGUUCCUGGGGAACCAGGUAAAUGAGCUACGUACAAGGGCGAAGGAGCUGUCAGCGACAGAGAGCAUCUUCCUCACAGCCACCAUGCAGUUCAGAGAGACCAUCAAGGGCAUGUACUCCGUCUCGAAGCCCCACAUCAGCUACAAGGGCUUGAUGAAGGGCUACCAGAACCGGGUGUCCAGUCUUGCCGAAGCCAAGCAGCAGACUGAGGUCCAGUCGGUGGUCAACCUGUUCCAGUCCGUCCUGGAUGGCUUCAUACGGGGAGAGAUCAAACGAGCGGAGGCUGGGCCGGUCAAGGUAGUUCUGAAUAAACACACACAGACCAUACACAUGCACGCACACACACACUCGCAACAGUUCUUUUACAUUGCUUCACUGUCAAAACCCAACAGCCCUCUAGAUCACAUGUUCAGUACGUACCAGGUGAACAUCAUGCAGACCUGUGACCUGUGUGGUUCCUACAUCUGGGGCAUGGAGAAGGCCUACAUGUGCAGCGCUUGCAAAUUGAUAUGUCACAAGAAAUGCCUCUCCAAAAUCAUCAACGCUUGCUCAACACGAUGCGCCAGGCUGGACGAUGGGGUACCAGGCCAUCUGCACUUUGGGGUAGAGGUGUGUGUUCUGACCAGUAAGACCUACCCAAUCCCUAUGGUGGUACAGAUGAUGCUGGAGCAUGUGGAGAUGAACGGCCUGUACACAGAGGGCAUCUACCGCAAGUCUGGCUCUGCCUGCCGCGCCAGGGAACUGCACCAGCUACUGGAGACCAACCCAGAGAGGGCAACUCUUGAGAACUACUCCAUCCACACGGUGACAGGUCUGGUGAAACGCUGGCUCAGAGAGCUGCCUGAGCCCCUCCUUACCUUCAGCCUCUACAACGACUUCCUGCACGCUGUGGAGUUGCCAGAGCAAUCUGAACAGCUGCGUGCGGUCUACCAGAAACUGGACGACCUCCCCCCUUCUAACUUCAACACGCUGGAGAGGCUGGUCUUUCACCUGGUCAGAGUGGCAAAGGAGGAAGAGCACAACAGGAUGUCUGCUAACUCCCUGGCCAUAGUGUUUGCCCCCUGCAUCCUGCGAUCCCCUGACACCACAGACCCUUUCCUUAGCAUGAAGGACAUCUCCAAGAUAACCACGUGUGUAGAGAUCCUGAUCUUAGAACAGUUUAGACGGUACACUGAGAAGAUGCAGGAGAUCACACAGCUGGAGUUCGCUGAGGCCCUGGCCGUCAACAAGCUGAUGCUCAAGAGACAGAACACUCUCUUAGAGAAACCUUCAUCAGAGCUGGACGUACCUCAAAUGGAUGAUCUUAACCGGUCGGAUAUAGACAUGAACUCAGAGAGGACCCUCAUCGAGAGGAUCAAAUCCAUCAAACAGGAGAAGGAGGAACUGGCGUGCAGCUUGCCAGAGUUGGAGCAGGAGAACUUUGACGACUCAGAGUCCAGAUUGUCGUUGUCUAUCAGCUCAGAGAGCCUGCUGGAGGAUAGAGUGAGAAGCCUAGAGUCAGAAGGCAGAGUGAACCUGUUGUGGAGGAGCCAGGGGCAGGAGUGCCCUCCUAAGCCUACUGACCUGGCCCAAAGAACUACAGCCACAGGCCCCAGAGACCAACCAGAUGGACAUAACCCCCAGCCCAACACCAAGGCAAGGAGCAGGAACCUCUCAGACCUGGACAUCCCCUUCAUAGAUGAGGAGGACUAGUCUGGGUGCCAGUCUGUUUUUGUUACAUAUUGAAUUGUCAUUUCAAACAAUUGCAGUCAACUUGAGAACUAGAAAUACCUCUGAAAUACAGGAGUAAUCAGUGGAGCUGUAUUAUGGCACCACAAACAAGAACCAUGCACUUUCUGUACAUUUUUCUACAUCCGUUAAGGUGUGUGUGGUGUGUGUGGUGUGUGUGGUGUGUGUGUGUGUGUGUGUGUGUGUGUGUGUGUGUGUGUG